AUGGCUAAGAAGAUUAUUCUUGAUACUGAUCCGGGUAUCGAUGACAUCCUGGCAUUGCUGCUGGCUCUGUCCUCGAAGCCAGAGGAGCUCGAGCUGCUACUCAUUUCAUUGACGUUUGGUAAUAUUGAAGUGAAGAACUGUCUUCAAAAUGUGGUUUCCAUGUUUAAUAUCCUCGAGCGUGAAAUGCAGUGGCGUCGGGACAAUGGCAAGCCCGAGGGCUAUGGCACACUGCGCGCUUUUCGUCCAGUAGUAGCAGUGGGUGCAGAAGAGCCAUUGGAGAACCAAAAGAUGCUCGCAGAUUACUUUCAUGGAACGGAUGGUCUUGGUGGAAUCCAUACCACUCACCCUCAUCUCACUCCUACCCAAGCAUGGGAACAUCUGUUCGACCCAGCGGUCGAUCCCGAGGGCAUCAAACCUGUUCAGACCGGUGCCGGUCCCGCCGACCAUUUGUAUACCCCGUCUAAGCUUCCAGCAUACAAGGAAAUUCUUCGCGCUCUCCGCGAGAACGAGCCUGACACUGUGACUAUCGUAGCUGUUGGCCCACUUACCAACCUAGCACUGGCAGCGGCAGAGGAUCCCGAGACCUUCCUGCGGGUGAAGGAAGUCGUUGUGAUGGGAGGCGCCAUCCAGGAACCUGGAAAUGUAACUCCAGUAGGCGAGUUCAAUGCCUACGCAGAUGCUGUUGCAGCAGCACGUGUAUUUGCUUUGACCUCACCCAAUCCAAACUCAACUCUCCCCAUAACAAAGAGUGAACUCCUACCACCAUAUCCUGAAAAGCUUAGUCGGCAAUUAACUCUACGCCUUUUCCCACUGGAUAUCACCCUACGUCAUAACCUAUCAGGUGGGCAGUUCCGUGAAGCCGUGCAGCCCCUCCUUGCCGCCGGUUCUCCGCUCGCUGAAUGGGUCAACGCAUUCAUGGGCCACGUAUUCCGCACUUUGGAGCGUCUGCAUCCCGGUCAUGUUGGCGAUGCUGCUCAAUUGAGUCUGCACGACCCGGUUUGUGUGUGGUAUGCGCUUACAUCGCAAGACUCGCAUUGGACUCCUUCGGCUGGUUCGCCCGAGGAUAUCCGUAUCGAGACACUGGGACAAUGGUCGCGUGGUAUGUGCGUUAUUGAUCGACGAAGUCGUCAUAAGAUUGAUGGGGAUGAAGAGAGCUCAAACGAUCAUGGGUUGUGGUUGAGUCUUCGUGCGGGUAACCGUAUCUGGCGAAUGGAUGGAUCCCCUGCGGAAACCACCUUUGGACAGAUCCUCAUUGAUAGAAUGUUCUAUUAG